GCAGAUAGAGGAGAGAAUACAAAGAGCGAGCGAGUGAGGGAGUGUGUGAGGGAGUGUGUGUGUGUGUGUGUGUUACAUGUGUGCUAAUGCGUGUGUGUGUGAUAUCCAGAGGUGUGUGCGUGUGUGUGUGUGCGCAGCAGAAAGAGGAGGCGAGGAGGAGGAAACCUGAUCUCACUCUCUCUAUCUCUCUGUGUGGAAUAAACGCUUAGCCCUCACCGUUAUUGGCCUUGCUGUUAGCUUGCAGCGUAGCCCGGCCCAGUUUGGACCCAGUGUGAUUGUGGUGGAGGUGGUGGGGAUGGAGCGGUUCCUGGCCCUGCUACGUCUGCUGAGCAGGAGGAGGCGAGGGAGGAGGUACCGGGCGGAUGAUGAUUACCAGGAAGGCUACGAAGACGUUUACUACUACACCAGCAAGUACAACACACACCUACUGAAUGAAGGGCCGUACACGAAACACUCCGCCGGGUCGCGACCUCCAGAUGGAGCGCUGGCCAUCAGGAGGCAGAGUAUACCAGAUGAGUUUCGGGGAUGCACGGUGGUGGAGUUGAUGAAGAAGGAGGGGACGACGCUCGGGCUGACAGUUUCAGGAGGAAUCGACAAAGAUGGGAAGCCUCGAGUUUCAAACCUGCGGCAGGGAGGCAUCGCGGCCCGGAGUGACCAGCUGAACGUGGGCGACUAUAUCAGGUCUGUCAACGGCAUCAACCUGGCCAAGUUCAGACACGAUGAGAUCAUCAGUCUGCUGAAGAACGUGGGUGAACGGGUCGUCCUGGAGGUUGAGUACGAGCUGCCGCCUGUCUCGGUGCAGGGGUCAGGGGUCAUGUUUAAGAACGUGGAAGUCACGCUUCACAAAGAAGGAAACAGCUUUGGUUUCGUCAUCAGAGGUGGAGCCCAUGAAGACAGGAACAAGUCCCGUCCCAUCGUCAUUACAACCAUCCGGCCAGGCGGCCCAGCAGACCGGGAAGGAACCAUCAAGCCGGGUGAUCGGUUGUUAAGCAUUGAUGGGAUUCGUCUCCAUGGCAGCACACUUUCAGAGGCCAUGAGCAUCCUGAAGCAGUGUGGACAGGAGGCCACGCUGCUGAUUGAGUAUGACGUCUCCGUGAUGGACUCUGUUGCCACGGCAUCAGGGCCGCUGCUGGUUGAAGUUGCCAAGGCGGCAGGGUCUAGCCUGGGUGUGGCCCUGUCCACCUCCAUGUUCUGCAACAAGCAGGUCAUCAUCAUCGACAAGGUCAAACCAGCCAGUAUAGCAGACAGGUGUGGUGCUCUUCAUGCAGGAGAUCAUAUCCUGUCCGUUGAUGGGAAGUCGAUGGAGUUUUGUUCCCUGGCUGAAGCCACUCAGCUGCUUUCUGCUUCCUGUCAGACUGUCCGCUUGGAGAUCCUGCCACAACACCAGACCCGACCAGCCCUGAACGCACCACAGCACGUCAAGGUGCAGCGUAGUCCCCGCCCCCUCCCCUGGGAGACCGGAGGCUCUGCCCCUAUCCUCCCCCCCUACCACUACAACACGUACCACCCUGAUCAAUCAGGCGCCAGAUCGCACAACCGCCAUACAAACAAUCCUCCGCUCAGCCACUCCUUCUCUCCAGGCUCCAUGUCGGCCUAUAGCCUCUCCUCUCUCAACAUGAGCACCUUGCCCAGGAACAUGUAUCCCACAAGUCCACGGGGCACACUGAUGAGGAGGAAGGGCAAGAAAAAGGACUUUAAGAGCUCCUUGUCCCUUGCGUCCAGCACUGUGGGUCUGGCCGGUCAGGUAGUCCACACGGAAACCACCGAGGUGACGUUGCUUGGCGACGGCAUCAUGGGGUUUGGCCUGCAACUGCAGGGAGGAGUGUUCGCCACGGAAACGCUGUCAUCCCCACCACUCAUUGCCUACAUCGACCCCGACAGCCCCGCUGAGAGGUGUGGCAUCCUGCAGAUCGGUGACAGGAUCUUAUCCAUAAACGGCGUUCCAACCGAAGAUUCGACCCUUGAAGAAACCAAUCAGCUGCUCAGAGACUCGUCCAUCACUGCUCAGCUCACACUGGAAAUUGAGUUCGAUGUGGCUGAGUCAGUCAUCCCCAGUUCAGGGACGUUCCACGUAAAGCUCCCAAAGAAACCAGGAGUGGAACUGGGAAUCACCAUCAGCUCUCCGUCCAACAGGAAACCAGGUGAUCCUUUGAUCAUCUCGGACAUCAAAAAAGGCAGCGUCGCACACAGGACGGGGACGUUGGAGCUGGGAGACAAGCUGCUGGCCAUUGAUAACAUCCGUGUGGAGAACUGCUCCAUGGAGGAAGCUGUUCAGAUCCUCCAGCAGUGUGAGGAGCUCGUCAAACUGAAGAUCCGCAAAGAUGAAGACAACUCUGAUGAACAGGAGAUGUCUGGCAGCAUCAUUUACACAGUGGAGCUUCAACGCUAUGGUGGUCCGCUGGGAAUCACCAUCUCAGGCACCGAGGAGCCCUUCGACCCCAUCAUCAUCUCCUCUCUGAGCAAGGGGGGGCUGGCAGAGAGGACUGGUGCGAUCCAUGUAGGCGACCGUAUUCUUGCGAUCAACAGCAGCAGCCUGAAGGGGAAACCUCUGAGUGAAGCCAUCAGUCUGCUGCAGCAGGCGGGCGAGACGGUCACGUUGAAGAUCAAGAAGCAGGGAGAACUGUCAAGCCCAAAGUCUUGCGUGAUUGGUUCGGGUCUGGGUCCAGGAGUGGGGCCUAACCUGGAGAACCAGGAUGGGGAGGAGGAGCCUGUUGUCAUGGUUGCACCUCCGACAAGCCAGAGAGCGUUCAGCACACUGCCGUCCGUGGACAGUGCUGUGGAGUCCUGGGAUGGAUCCAACAUGGACAGCAGCUUCACCACCCCAGCUCCUACUUUUCAGUCGUCACUGUACAGUUUCCACGAGUGGCGCAACGCCAAGACAAGCAACAGCCAAUCAUCAUCUUCCACUCGCCAGAGAGCCAAUCCGCUGUCGGAUCUGGGUCUGAAUGACGAUGAUUGGGACCGCCCACCUCUCGGAGGAGGCUGUAAUCUGCCCAGCGGUCUAAUCUCUGACAGCAGGUUUAAUGUGGGACAUGAUGGGACAGAACCAGACCAGGAGGAGAACUUCUGGUCUCAGGCUCUGGAGGACUUGGAGACCUGUGGACAGAGCGGCAUCCUCAGAGAGCUGGAGGCUACCAUCAUGUCAGGCUCCACCCUCAGUCUAAACCAUGAUCCCACCCCUCUGCGGAGCACACUGGGACGCCAGGCGAGUUUCCAGGAGCGCAGCAACUCCAGACCACAAGUGACUCCUCGAUCCAACACCUUGCCCUCUGACCCUCAGCGCCGAGCCUUCGCCAUGAGGAAGAUGAGACAGGAAGUAAAUGACAUCCUAAACCAGAACCCUGUGGAACUUCACAAGCUCACUCUGGAGAAGGCGACAGACCUGGAGGAUUUUGGUUUCAGCGUUUCUGAUGGAUUGCUGGACCGCGGCGUCUAUGUUAAUAACAUCCGACCCGGAGGCCCAGCGGAACGGGGUGGUCUCAAAGCCUAUGACCGAAUACUACAGAUUAACCAUGUGCGGACCAGGGACUUUGACUGCUGCCUUGUAGUCCCCCUGAUUGCAGAGUCUCCAAACCGCUUGGAGCUUGUAAUCAGCCGAAACCCUUCAUCCUCUUCCUCCUCUACCCUGAUGGCCAAUCACACCGAUGGCACAACCAACAGCAGCCAUUCCUCUCAGCCAGUUGGCAGUGACCUGGGACCCUCAGAGCUCUCUGUUGGCCAGGGAGAGGACAGUGGUCCAAUCAAGUGGAGCCAACCAGGAGAUGGCUUUGGGGCAGGGAUUGGGAUGGGGCAGGUUACAAACAAUUCCUUAUAGCAGACAAAAAUUAUGUCACACUGGAUUCAGCCACACCAGACUGGAGAGGUCGUGAGGAAAAAGGGGACAACAAAGUUGAAUCAAACUGAUUUAAAACCGGUUUAAACUGGUUCGGAGUAGACCACCCAUGGUGCUACACACACCCUCUGGAUGACCUUUGACUACUAUAGUUUGACCCUUGAACUGCUAAAGCAGCCUGAAAGCACAGUGAUGGACUGGAGCAACUCCACACCUUUUAACCUGAACCAGUUCUGUAUACUGGUAUUACUAGUGUCACUGGAACCAGAAUUCUAAUGAUCCUAUUAGAGCCACAACUGGGGCUACUGGCCUACCUGGUCUAAGAUUAAUAGUUAUUGGUCCUUCUAGCCCAGAGCCAGUGCUACUGGUUCUACUGAAGCCACAACUACAGCCAAUAGUCUUAACGGUCUACAAGCCGAGAAAUAUAUCCCUAUGAAGUCAGUGCCACAGCCAAUGGUCUUACUCUUUUAAGAUUGAUGGUUACUGGUUCUAGAAGCCUAGAAUUCUAGGUUGAAGACACAUGGGUUCUGGAAUUAUGGUUCCAGGUUCCACCAAAGUCCUACUAAACAAGCACCUGAGCCAAUAGUCUUAGCAUACCAAGACACACAGGUACUGGUCUUAGUGGGAUCAGGACAAUGGCUAUUGUUUCUAGUGAAACCAGAGGCAAAUCUAGUUGUCUUACUGGUCAAAGCAUGGUUCAUGUUUGUGGUCUCACUGGCCAAGGAACUAUGGAUACUGCGCCAUUGGCAUGGCCAGUGCUUGGUGAAGUCCAUCCUGGAUCCUGGGCCUACUAGAACCAGAUUUGUGGCAUUUGGCCGAGAUCCACAGCAGCACAAAGACUGAUGGGACACUAGUCCAGAUACCGAAACCUGCUGAUGGGCAUAACAGUUGCCAAGGAGACUAGGGAUGCUCUGAUCAGUGUCUACAUCUGAUGAUAUUACUGAACAUAUACUGAUUACUAAAUCCUUAUGCUUGUGUAUAAGAAAGCCUUAUGACAAAGUCUUCUAUUUGAUAUUUAACCAGCUGGAAUCACUGGUCCUCAGUACACUAAAAACUAGAUCGUUCAAAUGCAGAAGACGGUAAGUCUGAAUUUACUGAAGGUGUAACUUUUCCAAGUAGUUAUGCUUGACAUUGGAAGGUUGAUGGAAAGGUAGUUUUAGGCACUGCCCCACAUAGAAUUAAAGAAAGAAGCUUUCGAACAAGAAGGUACAGAUCCCACAAGAAACUGGUACCAGAAGGUUGGUUUAAGAGAUGAGAAUAAAAAUGGUUCUGGUUAACCACAGGUUUUGAAGAAAAGGGUAUAAGUGGAAAUGACCAUAGAAAGAGAGUUCGAGCUCAAAAAUGGUUGGGGUUAGGUGAGGUUUGGCAAGUAUACAAGGUUGGAUUCAUAAGGUUAUGAUGAGAUGUACCUCCUUAAAAUAAAUUCUCAACAUGACAUGGAAACCUGAAGAGAUAUCCAAAUUAAACAGUACAAAAGGAAAGACCUCCUUAGCUAGUUCAUCUGGCAACCCAGAGAUUUAUUCCUGUGGGCAUUACCAGGUGUAGUUUUUCAUGAUAACCAGAUAAAAUUCAGACACUAAGGCUUAGUAGUUUGGUUUAAAUAUUUGGCAGAGGUUGACAGACAGCUUUGAGGGGUUUUAACAUUGUUGCAUUCUUAUUUACCAUUCUAUUGGAAUAAUAAUAACUAGCACUUAGUCAAGUUCGAUUAUGCACUUUACUGAACUAAAACUGUACAAGGUUUGGCUUGUACUUUGGCUCCACUGUUGAACAGCUGCUAUAUUUUAUGUAACCUGCUCUCUAUCACUUUAAUUUCCUGAAUUCUCCAUAAAUUACAACUGACAGUUCUAAUAUUUUAUGACGCCAUUCACAAAAUUUACAUUAUUACUAACCAUUGCUGCUAUACAGAUGAAUAAUAUGAGAAAAGUUAGCAUUUGAGCAGAGAUGUUGGUCUCUGGAGGAACACUGUUUUAAAGUUUUAAACCAGAGCUGGACAUUGAAACAUGAUACUGGUUUUUACUGAGCAGGAAAACCUGCAGCUGCAUAUAUAUUUAUGAUGUUUGUUGCGCCUCAGCUUGAAGCUAGUGAAAAGACAAAGAUAAGGUGCUUUCGGACCAGAAAAUUUUUUAUUGGUCUUGUUAAACAAGCCUUUGUUAGUUUUUUAGAUACACAUGAUAUGCACGAUUGGAGAACCGCUAGCCAUCACUAAAGUUCUAAAAGAAAUUCGAGUAGGGUUAGAAAGGAAUACUAAAAAUUUGACAGCACACAACCCAAAACAUUUCAACACAUAAAUCACUGUGGUAAAGAGUUUAGGUUAAAAUUUGCAGAAGGUAAUUACAAAAAAGUACAUUUAAAAAGCCUGCAUAAAAACGGGUGUAACAUCAGCUGAGUACAUAAAACUCUUAUCGAUUAAAAAAUGGAACAAAGCACAGAGAAAUAAUUUUACCUUGGCUCUAUGUGAGGGCAAGGUAAUUUGAUUUUUCAUGUAUACUUAAUGCUAUUCAGCUUUUACAUCACUUCUGCAUAUCUAUGCUCCAGGAGGAGGCCAUGAGAAACUGGGACUGGUGUGGAGCGCUGCACCAAUGAGCUUAUAAAGAGAUAAAAAUAAUAUUGAGCAGAACUUAUUUCAGCUUAUUGGUGCAGCCCUCCAAAACAGUCCCAGUUUAGCAUGUGUCCCCUUGGGAAAAUAAAUUGUCCAUCUUUGGUAUGUAGGCAGUGUGAAUAGAAAAGAAUCUGCAAACCAUGCUUAGCUUAGUAUAUUUGGAAAGUGUAUUUUGGAAAGCUAUACAUCUUUGAUGAUUUUUGGUCCGAAAGUGCCUAUAGUCCAUAUCUUCUUAGGAAUUUGGGAAUGCAUUGCCUGCCACUGGGCACACUCCAUCUGCUAAGGGAGGACAUGUGGUAGGAUCCAAAGCUCCAGAACAGCUACUUUAUAUGCUUUAAUAUGUCAACUAGAGAAAUUUGUUUAUAUAUAAUAUAAAGGACAUUUUCUUUACGUUUUUUUAAAAUAAUUAUUUGUGAAUUUUACCUUUAGAAAAAAAAUCAGUGCAUUUUCACUAAUGAUCAGCUGAUACUGAUCGGAGCAUCCUAAAUGAAACGAAGGGUUUACUGUUAAAAUUUUAGUUCUGUGCCAUGGAUGAGCUACAGGCUGGAAGAGUUAUGAUAACCACGCUGUCAAUAAUAAUAAUGAUGAUGAUGACACUGAGCAAGUUCAAUAAUACUUUUUCUACUGUUUACACCUGUUGGACUGGCCACACUGUGUAUGUAUGUGUGCGUGUCUGUGUGUGUGUAUGUUACACGUUAAACACAAGGCCAGUUAAGCCCCUCCCACCUCAAGCCCCACCCAAUCUACCCCCUGACCAAUAGGCAGCCAGGAUGAUGGACGGCAGUUCUGAAAAAUUCAGCUGAUUGGCUGGAACCAAUCAGAAACAUAAACAUUUCCUUCCCUGCCUGUCUGUGAUUGGUUCUUUUUUACACACAAAGAUAACCAAUCAGCUUCCAGGAAGAAGCCACGCAUGCCCCUCCCCCGACUUCCCCUCCCCAUCCCCAGCCCCAGUGACAGUGAUCUCUUAUGCUAAUCAAUUGGUGUGUUUUUUUGAUUGACUGUUGUCAAUUCUGUUUGUUUGUUUGUUUCCAUGGUGACUGAACCAGAAAAUAUGUAAAAUAGAUUAAAAAAAAAAAAAAGUUCAGUCCCCAUCGCUGUUCACAUCAAAAACCAUCAAACCCUGAAAACACCAUCUCAUAAUCACAAAAACUAUGUUACAAAAGAAAAAAAUCCUGUUAAAACAGGAAACCUGUGACAGUAAACACUUGUGUGUGUGUGUGUGUGUGUGUGUGUGUGUGUGUGUGUGUGUGAGAGAGUGAGUGAGUGUUUAUUUUCGAGUGAUGUCAACAUCUUCCUGCUCUCACCUUAGUCUUAACUCACUAUUUAAAGUGGCCAAUCAGAACCCUCCCUCAGCAUCCCUGAGCCAAACAGUCCAAUAGUUGCUGCUGUGCUUUGGAUUAGCAUUGUGAUUGGCUGUUUCUAUGUGGAUAGUUGUCAUUGGCUGUUCUGGUCUACCCAAAAUUUUCUAAAAGCUCAGAUGGGGGGGGGUUUUGCAAGCAAAUGGCUAGUAUGUAGUUAGCAUUAAGCUAGCAGACGCAGGGCAUAACCAUAAUUAUAUACACAGUACAAAGGAACUACUAUCCCAACUCUGUUUACUAGCUAAUAAACAUAGCAAGAGACUUGUAAGCACAUGGGUAAAAGCAGCUAACCAAAGCUAAAAUUUAGCCAACAUUUUUUUUAUGUUAGCACAUAGCAGACCAGUACCAGCACAGUCUGUGUAUUGUUAGCACAAACCUUGCACUUCACUAAUGUACGGUUAGCUGUAGAGCUAAUUAAUGUCUUUUAGCAUCUUGACUAGAAAAAGGCUGAAACAGCUCUAUACCUGGUAUUACACUGACACUUGAGCAGGCUCACUUGAUCUAGGGACAUAGCUAUCAUAUGGCUAGCAGACACUAAACAAAGGGCUAGCGCAAUCAUAACAGACAUAACACAAGGACCAUAGGCUGGCUGUGUUUGAUAUCCAUUUAUUAUUAUGUUUAUUAGCUAAUCACAAAUAUAUAUAUAAAUAUAUAUAUGGCAUAUAUAUAAAUAUAUGCCAACUUGGUUGGCAUAUAUUUAAACAGCUAGCCACAGCUAACAUUUAUUGUAACAUCCUAUUGUAUGUCAGGACACAGUUAAGCACAACUCGUGCCCAUUGUUAAAAUUGGGCUAAUGUGUUAAAUAAAGACUUUUUUUCUUAUUUGCAUUAGGCAAACAUAACAGAUAACAGAAAUACAUUUUAGCAUGUGACCAGCAGAUGUUGAACACGGGGUUUACGUAAUGCAGACAAAGCUAACAUAAGGGUAUUUUAGCUCCAUUGAAGAUCUCUUACUGAUUUUUGGCUUAUGUUAACGCAUAACUUACAUGGGGAUAACAGAGCUAUUUAGCUUAUGGUUAGUACUAAGUCACGGUUUCUAAUUUUAGCAAAAGCAGUAUACCACACAUCAAAUUCAACUGACAAGUGAGCAGCCUAACUUGGUCUGAGGACAUUACUAACACAUGAUUAGUAUGUAUCUAGCAGACAUUGAGCAUAGGGCUAGUCUAACCAUAACACAUGACUAUACACGUAGAACAAGAAAAUUAGGCUUUCUAUGUGUAACACCCAUUUCUUGCUAUAUUUAUUAGUUAAUAAGCGUAUAAGUAAUUUAAUUAGCAUAUGAAUAAAGAGCUAUCCAAAGCUAAACUUUUUAUGUUAGCACACGGCUAGUGCCAGCACAGCCCUUACAGACCUUUAACAUAGGGCUUACAUUUGCAAAACAAAGUUUUUCUCUUGUUAGCAAAAAGCUAAAAGCUAAUGGGAGAUAAUAGAACUACAGUUUAGCAUGUGGUAGUUGAUGCAGAGCAUUAGAGCUAACUAUAACAUGUGGCUAGUUGCACAUAGUACAUGGGUGGUAAGUUAGCUGUACAAUUUUUCAACACUUAUUUACUGGUGUGGUUACAACUUAACAUAGCAAGGGCUUGGUUGGUUUGUAGGUAGGUAAACAUAAAGGGUAACCAAGGAGCUAAAAAUGUCUGCUAACAAGAGAGUAUGUCAGUUUUAUGUCAGCUUCUACUGAUUUGUGGUUUAUGUUAGCACAUGACUAACAUGAACUAUAAUUUUGCUUGCAGCUAGCAUUUAGCCGAGGUAGUAGUUACAGGUUGAUUAAAGAGAACUAACAAGGUCUAAGGAAAUGGUUCACAUUGCUAAUAUAGAGCUAAUGCCUUGAAUUGAGGGCUAACACGUAGAUGUUAGUGUUUUAAGGUUCAGCCAAGAGAACUGCUCCACCAAUGGGAACAAGCCACAGGGCUGAGGGGUGUGGCUUCACAAAGGUUUGAUGAGUGAGACCUAAAGCCAUACACACUGUGUUUGUGCGUAUCUAUUAAUAUUACCAUGUGUGUGGGUGUGUAUUUGUUAGAGCCUGUAUGUGUGUGUGUGUGUGUAUGUGUGUGUAACAUUGCAGGGAUUUGCACUCUAGUGAUUCACCUCAGCAAGACAUCCACCCACCUACAACCACACACACACACACACACACACACACACACACACACACACACACACACACACACACGUGCAUUGCACUGCCAUUUGAAAUAGUGGGUCAGAUUAGUUUCCAUGUAGCUUCACCAACCAACCAAACUGUAUUUUUCUUUAAAGGAACAGGGAUGUUGUAAAGUAUUUUUGUACAAAUUUAAUACUUUGGUAGCAUGACGUUCCUGUUGUUUGUCCUGUCGGGCUCCACUGCUCUCCUCCACCCGCCUUUGUAUGGACGAUUACUGAGCAACAAUAAAGAUGAAGACCUGCUGGGAACUGGACUCUGUGUGUUGUCUGAC